UUAAUCGCUCGGCCACGUAAGUCAGGGUCGGUUUUCCUUCACAGAUUUAUUUUAUCACGUUAAUUUUAGCUUCUGUGAUAAUUUGUGAGAAUGGUUUAACAACAUAAACUCGUGUGUAAAGUUUUUCAAGUUCAGAAAUCGCAAUUAAAGCGAUUGACAAGACAUGGCUCACGUUCCGAACGCAUACAACAAUGUUCCUGGCCAACAAAACUCGAGCCCUGGACCUUUCCAACAGUACAGCCAAAUUCCACAGAGCCAGUUACCCGGGCCCUUGAAACAGGAUGGAAAUUUGGACAAACAGGCCCCAGUUAUGGGAUUCAACAGCCAGAAUCAUUUUAAUCAGAGUGGAAACAGUUCCCCUGCCUUCAACCAACCGGGAUUGAUGCCUCAACAUACAAGUUCCCAGUCAUCACCUAUAAGACCACUUAAACCUAUUAGUAAUCAACCUCCUAUGCAAAACAUCCAGAACAUUCCAAUGAGUUCUCCCAGUGUGCAUUCUAACCCUAACACUAUCUCUUCAUCAUCACCCUAUCCCCCUAAUGCUCAGAAUCAGAUAAACAACAAUGCUCCACCUUUAGUUCCCUCUAGUCAAUAUAGUCAACCUGUUAUGAAUGGUCCAAUGCCUGCCCCCAAUCAAAGACCAAUUAACCAAUAUCCUCCACCUUCAAGUUCCUUUAGUUCACCAUCAGUAAACCAGCCUCCAAUAAAUAGUAGUUAUUCACCAGUUAAUCCUUCCUUUGGUAUUCAAAGGCCUCCUACUUCUAUGCCACCUGGUCUGCCGGCGAAUUCACAUAGUGCGCCAUUGACUGGACCUAGAAACAGUCCACAAACAACUGGGCCACAAGUUAAUAUGCCUCCACCUUCAAGCAUGCCCAACUUUGCACCACCUGUGGGGCCUCUAAGAAGUAACAUUAUGAAUGGCCCAAGCGGACCACCACCUAUGUCGGCACCAAUAACUGGUCCAAUGCCACCUAAAGGUCUACCAUCGGGGCCUAUGCUGUUUGGUCAACCUGGUCCAAACCUUGGACCACAGACUAGCCAACAACAAUCAAAAUCCCAAUAUAACAAUGGCCCAACUGCACCAAUGAGUCAACAUUUACCAAAUAUGCCACCGAUGCAAGGAUUACAAAGUGGACUUACACCACUUCCCCUAAUGAGCCAACCAGGUUUAAAAAGUGGACUACCACCAAUGCCACCAGUUAGUCAACCAGUGUUACAACCUGGACUACCACCAAUGCCACCAAUAAACCAACCAGGAUUGCAAAGUGGACGUCCACCAAUGCCACCAAUGGGCCAACCAGGAUUACAAAGUGGAUCUACUUUACCACAAAUGAAUCAACCAAUGCCAGGCCCAGCUAGUGGCCCUUCAACAAAUUUACAGAACAGAUACCCACAGAUGCAGUACUCAACUCAGCAACAAAACCAAAUUCAGCAAAAUAUUGCAAAGCAGUUUCCGACACAUAAUCUAUAUGGCGCAACUCAACAAAUGGGGCAGCUUAGUGUGACCAAGCAAGGCUUUGAUCAGUUAUGGGGACAUCAGAUGGUUGACCUUUUGCAAUGUAAGCAAAUUCUGCCUGGUUAUCCUGAGGAUCCUCCAGAAAUAAGGCUUGGUCACCAGUUCGCAGAGUCGCCAAAUUGCAGUCCAGAAGUUUUCAGAUGUACAGUCAACAAGAUUCCCGAAACCAACUCCUUGUUGCAGAAGUCUAGAUUACCUUUAGGUAUUCUGAUACACCCAUUUAAAGAUCUAAAUCAUCUACCAGUCAUACAGUGCACGUCGAUAGUGCGUUGUCGUGCAUGUCGCACUUACAUCAAUCCGUUCGUGUACUUCGUAGAUGCGAAGCGGUGGAAAUGCAACCUUUGUUACAGAGUCAACGAUUUACCAGAAGAAUUCCAAUACGACCCAGUGAGCAAGUCGUAUGGUGACCCUUCCAGGCGGCCGGAGAUCAAAUCGGCAACGAUUGAGUUUAUCGCGCCAAGUGAAUACAUGCUGCGGCCGCCGCAACCCGCUGUAUAUUUAUUCCUUCUAGACGUUUCUCAGAUUGCGAGGGAGUCUGGUUAUUUGCAGGUGGUCUGCGACACAUUGAAGAGCAACUUGAAUAAGCUACCAGGCGAUGCGCGCACGCAGAUCGGCUUUAUAUGCUAUGACGCGCAUAUUCACUAUUACCUGAUGAGCGAUGGUCUUACCAGGCCCAAAGAGAUGACUGUUUUAGACAUUGAAGAUAUAUUCCUGCCGUCACCCGAGUCUUUGUUAGUGAACCUGGGUGAACACGACGACUUGAUCAAGGAGCUCCUAACUAUUCUACCGCAACGGUACUCAGCGCCCGGUGUCCCAGCCUCCGCUUUAGGAGCCGCGCUGCAAGCCGCUUACAAGCUUAUGGCACCGACGGGUGGUCGUAUCACUGUCUUCCAAACGUGUUUACCAAACGUCGGGCCCGGAGCGUUGCAGUCAAGAGAGGACCCCAACGCCCGGUCAUCGAAAGAUGUGGCUCACUUGAACCCAGCGACAGACUUCUACAAACGACUAGCGCUAGACUGCAGCGGGGCCCAAGUAGCUGUUGAUUUGUUCCUCCUGAGUUCACAGUACUGCGACCUCGCAACGCUCAGUGGCAUGAGUAAGUUCAGCGCAGGCAGCCUGUACCACAUACCCCUAUUCCGAGCGCAGCGUUCGUGGCAAGCGGAUCAACUCAGGCAUAUGUUCACGAGAUAUCUGACGCGCAAGAUUGGCUUCGAGGCGGUCUUGAGAGUUAGAUGUACAAGGGGUGUAUCAGUCCACACGUUCCACGGAAACUUCUUCGUGCGAUCCACAGAUCUGCUGUCUCUGCCCAACGUUUCCCCGGACGCUGGUUUCGGCAUGCAACUCAUUAUAGAGGAGUCCCUGGCGGACUUACAGCAAGUUUGCUUCCAGGCGGCAUUACUCUAUACGAGUAGUAAAGGUGAAAGAAGGAUACGAGUUCACACAUUAGCGCUGCCAACAACGAAUACUUUACCCGACGUUUUACAUUCGGCCGAUCAGGAGUGUAUUAUUGGACUGCUUAGUAAAAUGGCCGUCGAUCGUUGUUCGUCAGCUUCGAUGUCGGAAGCUAAAGAGGCCCUCAUCAACGCAGCAGUAGAUGUAUUAUCAGCGCAUAGACUAGCCCAGAACUUACCAGUGGGAUCAGCCAGCUCGUCACUCCACGCGCCUGUAUCCUUGAAGUUAUUACCGCUUUAUAUACUGGGUCUUCUGAAACGGAAAGCGUUGCGUACGGGCACGUCGACGCGGCUGGACGAGCGCGUGGCGGACAUGUGCUUUAUAAAGAGCGCGCCGCUGUGUGCGGUGAUGCGCGGCGUGUACCCCGACCUGUACGCGUUGCACGACCUACACGAACACGUGCGCCGCGAUAAGGACAACUUGGUAUUACCAAAUCCGCCGCGCCUUCAGCUCACUGCCGAGAGGAUCAAUAUAACCGGAGCGUAUCUAUUAGACGACGGGGACAGUAUGAUAAUCUACGUGAGCCAUGGAGUCAGUCCAGCAUUCUUGUCGGAGACUUUCGGCGUGGCAUCCUUCAACCAGUUGCCGGAUGAAGCUAGGAGUUUGCCCAUGCUCGAAAAUGAGGGCAGCGAACUCUUACAUGCAUUCGUCGACAAGCUGAACGACGACCGGCCCUAUCCAUCUAGCUUGUUAAUACUUAGAGACAACUCAGCAUCACGCCAACUGUUCACCGAGCGACUUAUCGAGGACAGAGUGGAAUCCGCCCUCUCGUAUUACGAGUUCUUACAGCACGUGAAGACGCAAGUGAAAUGAGAGCGGAUUGGGUCGCCAGUGACACGGCUGGUCGAGGACUGUGUGCGAUACCAGAUGUGGCGUACGAUACUAUGACACUGCCCUAACUUGAUAAGGUUAUUUGUCUUUAAUUUUCGGCUAUACUCCCUACGUUAUACUUUUACACGUCCUUCGCACACCAUAUCUACUCAACACCGAUUCGACUUUAAUUAUAGCUUUGAAAUUUGACCCUUAUAUAGCCAACAAGAUAUUAAGUAAACUUUCAAAAUGUUUGCUAUCGUUGUGCCAGUAGUGUAAGAUCUGCCCACGCGUCACACACGUGCGUGCGUGCGUUCCCACUUUAAGCCACAUGCCAUAAAGCGUAUAUUUCAAUGUUUUAAUUCGAGUCGAGUCGGUGUUGAGACGAUAUGGUAUGCGAAGGACAUAAUGUCACAUAUUCAAGGGUGUACCUGCCAGUGUCACCUACACUUCAAGCUCUCGAAUGUCACGUGAUACAAAGCUCACAUUUCAAUGCUUUGAGUCGAGUCUGUGUUGAGUCGAUAUUGUAUGCAAAGUACAUGCCACAGAUGCCAUUGGUAUACCUGCCUGUAGAAUUGUGAAACUGUGUAGAAUUAUCAAAUUGUAACGUGAGCACGUUCUUAAUAAAUUUCCAAAUAAAUAUUCAGACUGAUGGCUACGUCGUUGGGAUGUUGAUUAUUUAUACGAAUACUUUGAGAGCUUUUAUUAUCAUAGUAAAAUGGACUCAAUGUGUCUUGCUUUUAAGUUUAAUACGUCCGAACACCGAAGGUCGAUGGUAUUAUUGUUUUCAUUUGGGGGUUUAUUAACUGUUCUUGAGAGCAUCCUAAAAGUGCCUUAAUAUCUUAGAUUUACGAACUUAUCCCUUACGAGUUGGUGAACCUGGGGAGGUGAGCGGGGAAAUCAUUUCACCGAGGUGUACAGUUAAUCGACCUGCACUAUCCAUAUAUAUAAAAAAAUAAAACGACAAUACAAACAUGGCCGUCUAGCCCCAAAGUAAGCGUAGUUUGUUUUGUGGGUACUAAGAUAACUGAUGAGUAAUUUAUGAAUAACAAUACUUAUAGUAUACAGAUUACAUCACAAAGAUGUAGUGAAUGCAAACGAAAUCGAGUUUUAAAACAAGUACAACAAGGUCUAUUUUACUGUGUAAUUUAUAAUGUUUCAAUACAUAAACGAUGCUCAGCACUUGGCAGCGUGAUGGGUCACUGCUCUAAAAACCGGGUCUCCUUUGGGCGAGGAGGACGGUAAUGGGAAGCGGACGAUGAUGAUGAAAGAAACCUGAUUAAGAGAACCUGCUCUGUGUGCAAGUCUUAUAGUAAAGAUAAAAUAGGUGAUUCUGUGAAGUGCGCUCUGGUAGUGACUAAAGUUAGUUUUUAAUUCCAGAGUUAAUUAAAAGUUGAAAUGUCACACUACAAAAAUAUGAUGUUGGUUUUUUUUAAAAUUUACAUUUGAAUACUUAUAAUUUAACCUCCAAAACAAAGAAACAAGUGCAUACUAAUUAAAUAUUACAAUCUAUUGCAAUAAUAGAAAAAUACAUUAUCAGUCAGAUUAUUUAUCUGACUUUUAUUUUGUUUUGCAUAAAAAGCUAAUUCUAAUUAUUAUUUGUUAAAGUAUAUUUAUUUAUUUGUAUAUACAUAUUUCGAUCCUCUGGUCAAUAUAUAGGUUUCGGCACAUCAAUAUUUAUGACAAUGUAGCCAGUAUGUUAUUCCGACGGCUGGUUUUUCAUUCUUCUAAUCAAACAACUAAGGUAAUCAUUGCAGAUAAACACCGAGGACAAACCUCUGCGGUUUUUUCCGUGCUUUUAUACUAACCUUUUUGAUGUGAUUGUUUUAUUUGAUAAAUAAAUAAAAAACAUGCAGCAUUUGACAAUUCAAAUUAUUAUCUGGGAUUAAAAAACCUUAGCAUAGAAUUUAUUUAUCGUAUAUCAAUAUAUUAAGUUGUUACAUAACUGUAAAUUUUAUUGUAGUAAAAAUUACCAUUAAUCUUGACAGUUUAAUAUGAGAAACUAAAAACUUGAUAUGUUUCCAAACGAAUUUACUUUUGUUGAACAAAUAUGUGUGAAGUACGGAGUUGGAAUAUAUAUACACGUAUGUAGAUAGCAAGACUCGAAUGAAAAUAAUGUCACUUAGGAUUAGGAUAUUAGUUUCAGAAUUAAAUUGUACAGAUAAAA